AGCUCUGCAUGGCCGCGUUCGAGGGGCCACCUGGGCGGUCGGGCCAUGCCGCCGCCAGCCGAUGUUCCUCUCCGCAGCGCGGCGCGCGGCUCGGAGGCCAAUCCACUUGAUCACAACUGCCGAUCAGUGCAGGUCUCUGGUGGAGCGCGUCCUCAGCUCGGGGCAGACCUGCGUAGGAGUGGACUGCGAGGGCACCCAGAUCGGCCGAUUCGGCAAGCUCUCGCUCCUCCAGCUCGCCACGGACGACGACGUGUUCCUCGUGGACGUCGCGGUGGGCGGCGCUGGGAUCGUGGAGCCCCUGAGCUCGCUGCUCGGGAGCCGCGACGUUGUGAAGGUGUUUCAUGACUGCCGGGAGGACGCAUCGCUGCUGCUGGAGCGGCACGGCAUGCCGCUCGUGGGAGUGUUCGACACGCAGGUGGGGCACCAGCUGUGGCUGGAGAGGUUGGGCCUGGAGGCCUACCAGGCCAGCGCCGCCGAGGUGCUGCGCACCUUCCAGCUCGGCCUGUACCGCGCGCACCGGUGGUCGGAGCUGGAGAAGAAGCCGGUGAGGCCGCAGCUGUGGGGCGAGCGCCCUCUGGACCCGGCCGCGGUCCGCUACGCGGUGGAGGGCGUGGCGCACCUCUUGCCGCUGCGCCGCGCCAUCUGCCGGGAGCUGGGAGACCCGGAUGGUGACCUCGUGCUCCGCCGAAGCAUGCGCUACACGGACUACGCCCGCUUGAACUUGGCGGAAUUGCCUAAUGAGGACAUCUCGUGGCUACGCCCAGGUGCUCCCAUCAAGGGCAUGUUGGCGACUCGUCGAGCAGACGCUGCCUACUUCAAGGUGAAUUGCAGCCCCCUCACGGGCGCCGUGGUGGACCGGGCGGACCUGCAGGACUUCGCGGACCUGCAGGCUGGCGACGUGGCCUCUUGCAUUAUCAAGUCGGUCAGCGAGUGCCGCCAGUUCGCACAUCUGCGCCGCGAGGGCCACGGCGAGCUGGUCUUCGACCGGCGGCACCGGGAGAUGCGGCGACUGCCAGGAACUGCCGCGCUGGACGAGGCCAAGCCCUCCCGCGAGUCGAGCCUCUACGGCUUCGGCGCGGGCGACGCGAGCGGCCGCCCGGCCGUGGAGGCGGAGCCCGGCAGCUUCCGGGAGCCGCGGCCCGAGAUCUUCUACAAGUCCGGCAAGCGCAACGUGCCGAAGACGAGGGACACCGGCAUCAAGCCGCCCAGGCGGUGGCUUCCGCACCCCGGGCGGCAACACUUUGCUGGGCUGCCUCGAGCGAGGCGCCGCGGUCCAGCCGGCCCAUGACCAGCCGGCUGCCCGGCGGCGGGCGCGGGACGUGCGGCACGGGCGGUCUGCGGGCACCCCGGUGCGGGCCUGCGCGCGGCUUCCGCCGCGUGCUCCGCGGUGGCAGCGCAGCGUUGCACACGGUCAGAGGUCAUCCUCCUCCUGCUCUUCUUGGCGUCGUCGUCGUCGUCGUCGUUGUCGUGUUGUCCUCGCUGGUGGUCCCCCUCCCCGCCUUCGCCGCCCUGCUGCUGCCGCCGUCCUCUCUCCACGCGUCGCGCCCCGUCGCUGGCAUGAUGCCUGUAGCCUUCUUAAGUCGGGCGUGGACGCGCCCGACCUGACUGCAGCCCCGCGGUUGGCACGGCUCGCCCGGCCGUGCGCGUGCGGGCGAGGAGCGGCGGGGCCCCACC